CGUGCACGAGCGGUGUGCGCAGACCGGGAGCGCGCGCGGAGGCGGUCCGGGGCUUCCUCAGUUUUCUGUAAUCGCUUUUCUGCUGCUGCUACCUCCAGUUAAAUAGCAAGGACACGGGAGCGAGCAGGCGGCCGUGAGAGGAUAUACUUUUUUCGGUACCUUGGGAUUACGACGCGGAAUUGCAGCAUCGACGGCCAGCUGUCAGGGCCCACGAUGUCCAGCGAAGUGCAGAGACCAGACGACAGCCCCAGCACAAGUGGGGGAAGCUCGGAUAUUGAGCAACGGGAAUCGGUACCUGCUGAACAGGAGCGAGAGCAAGCACAGCCCAAAAAGAAGGAGACCAAGAUCUCGAGUAAAACCGCUGCUAAACUUUCAACUAGUGCCAAGAGGAUUCAAAAAGAGCUUGCGGAAAUAACACUAGACCCACCUCCCAACUGCAGUGCCGGCCCCAAAGGAGACAACAUCUACGAGUGGAGGUCGACCAUCCUGGGGCCACCGGGCUCAGUGUACGAGGGAGGGGUCUUCUUCCUGGACAUCGCCUUCACACCAGACUACCCCUUCAAACCCCCCAAGGUAACUUUCCGUACCAGGAUCUAUCACUGCAACAUCAACAGUCAGGGGGUGAUCUGCCUGGACAUCCUGAAGGACAACUGGAGCCCCGCCCUCACCAUCUCCAAGGUGUUGCUGUCCAUCUGCUCCCUGCUCACAGACUGUAACCCAGCUGACCCUCUGGUGGGAAGCAUCGCCACACAGUACCUGACCAACAGAACAGAGCAUGACAGAAUAGCCAAACAAUGGACGAAGAGAUACGCCACAUAGACUCCCUGCCGUGACCCGCCCCCUCCUUCACCUCCCUCACCCCUCACUGAACCUCUCUCUACCUCUCUCACCCCUUAGUCUGUCAAAGCACACUCACUAAGUGCAGCGGUAAAUCUGCCCUCCUGUCGCCCUUCCUCUUCCAUCUUCCUCCUCUUUCUCCUCUUCUUCUUCUUCCCCCUUUUAUCUACCUUUUCUGUGUAAAAACAAAAAAACAAACAAGACAAAAAAAAAUGUCCUUUGUUCCUUGUUGACUUGAAAGCUUCUUUUUUAUACAAAGAGUAGAUUGGGAUUUUUAUUUUCCAAUAUCUGAAUGUUGGAAGUAUUGUAUUGGAGAAAAAAAAACACAGAAUAUUAUAAUUAUCAUAAGCAUUGUCCUUCAGCUAUACAUUAUGUAUUCUCAUUUUCUUAGUGGCACCUGGAACAAACAUGCAGAGUAUGCUUUUACUUUGUUUUCCUCGUUUUUAUUUUUUUGGUUGUCCGUAUGAUAUCUGCAUGAAACAGGAAAGUGGCUCCUUCAUGCUUUUUAACUUUCUCUGAUUUUGUUUGUACUGUAUGUAUUUUUUCAAAGGCUUUUGAGGCAGACCACAAAAGUAUAGGUCUGCCUGUGAAAGAGGCAGGACUUGUAUAUUUACUGGCUACCCGCCACCUCUGCAAUUGCAGAGUGGUUUGUUGUGCACUUGUAUUACUGAAGCACCCAAUAAAACACACUGUGGUUGGCUUGUGAGAAAA